AUGCCUCCUCCAGGCUACGUGUUUCGCGACGGCGGUACCACUCCACCCGCAGAAGAGCAUCCCGACCCUGAGGUUCGCAGACAGGCCCUCGAGGCAAACAAACCAAUCACUGCCACCUCGCAGGCUCCUUUAGGGCAAAACACAUCUACCAGUCAUCAACUGGCCACAGAGACCCAAGAAAUCCAGGGCGCCGCACAGAGGGCCGGUAAGGAAGACACAACAACCAAUCUAGGAUGGCAAGCCAACGCUGUAGGUGUAGAAACUUUGGUGGGUGGACUGCCAAACGAUGAGUUAUGGACGUUGCAAAUGUACCAUGUCAAAGCUAUCCCUCAGGCACCGCCCGGGGGGCUCGACCUCAAUAUUGCCGAAGAAGAUGAAUUCUCCCCUGACAAGCUCCGCUCCACUUUGGAACGACUGUACAUGACCGUUAUUGUUGGCCUAAUUGGAUUUGGAAAGCAUAUUGCCAGAUUGCGAUCAUGGCGAGAACCCCGUCGAACCGCCGGUUUUGCAGCCGUCUACUUCCUAGCCUGGAUCCUCGACAUGGUCAUGCCGACGCUCUUCGCCGUCAUCAUUGUCCUCAUCACCGUACCCCAGUCUCGCCAGAUCCUCUUCCCUCCAGCACCCUUGGCUUUGGUCAGUCAUAAGAGUGGUGGUGUUCAGAAACCAAAGGCCGGGGUCCUGGGUAGUCAUGACAGCGUGACCGGCGCACCGGAGAAGUACAAGGGCGAGGCUGUCGAGCAGGAAGCUAGUAAUCUGGUCACAGGCAUCGCCUCGGUGGCUAUCUCGAGUGCUGCUGGACGGCACGAUCCAGCAAAUCCGGACGAAGAGGGCGGAAGCAAGACCCUCGAUGGCGGCAUGCCUGAUCCGACCAAGAUAGCCUCGGCCGCCGCUGAUGCCUCGUCGUCCGCACAAGGUGGCACCCCAGAAGCGGCGCAUGACAAAACCAAGCAACCGAUGGAAGAGACCGUGUGGAAACAGAUGCGACCAGUGAUGCACGUGCUCAACGAUGUCUCUGACACGUGGGAGCGGUUCGCCAACGCGUUGUCGCCCACUCCGCCGUUCUCGUCUCAGAAGCGACUGCAACUGGGGGCCAUCUUUGCUCCUCUCCUUCUCAUCUCCCUCAUCACGCGACCUGAAUGGGUGGUCAAGGGUUCCACGUUCUUUGGCGGCUUUGCGUUCUUCUCCGACCCAUUGAUGCAACGAGGUAUUGCACUGCUGAAUGAGAAGAUUCCCGACUGGCCCAAGUAUCUGGAGAUUCGCAACACCCUCCUCAAAGGCGUCCCCACCAACGCUCAACUUACCAUUACGCUAUUGCGCAUCGGGGAAGCGAACCGGGCACCUCUGCCACCACCACCAAGCUCCAACGAACCUCCCGCCGAGAAACCGGCCGAAGUCGACAAAGAAGCCAUCACGAACAACGGACUUGACGCCUCCCAUUCGGAGAUUGAAGACGCCAUAACUGUGGACAAGCCUCCGAACGGCAUAGAACCAGUCGACGAUCAAGAGAGCAAGAAAAAGAAGAAGAGCGGCAUCGGCUCCAAGAUCAUGUCUGCCUUCAAGACCACCACGGCGGGGGGCGUCGAGACAAAGCUGACGGUGGAUGAAGUCAAAGCAACCCUGGGAUCACGUCAUGCCAAAGAGAAGUUGGGUGUCCUUCCUAGCAAGAGCGAGAUGAGGACCAAAGCGGUGGAAGGACCGGUGGAAUACCUGGGACGCUACAGUGGCCGCAAAGGAGCCGUGUAUGUGGACAGCUCGGUGUCUCCGGCCAGCGGCAACCGACCUGCCUCACCGUGUGUCUACUUCACGACCCAUCUGGAUGGCCAUGAGGCGGUGGAGACGAUGCCUCAUGAUCCGGAGUGGGCGGUGUCGAUUCCCGACCUGGCGGAAGUGAAGAAGGUGGGCGGAUUGGGAUGGAAGGGCAAGAUUGUGGUGGGAUGGGCAACCAGUCGCGAAGUCAAGGAUGGCAUCGAAUUGGUGACGAGGGAUGGCAAGAAGUAUCGUGUCAUGGCCAUCAAAGACCGCGAUGCCUUGUUCAACCGGUUGAUCUCGAUGGGGCAACAGGUUUGGGAGAGUUAUUGA